GGUACUUUCAGUUCAAAGGUCAGAUGGUGGACUUUACCAUUGUAAAGCCAAGAAUGAAGUUGAAGAAAUUAUAUCCAGUGCAGCUGAGUUAACAUACUAUGGUCCACCGUUUUUCACACUGCACCCUAAUAGUAUCAAUGUUAGCAGCAAUACUCCAUUUGUUCUAUCAUGUAAUGCAAAAGGUCACCCCUACCCAAUCACAGUGACUUGGUUUCAUAAUGGUAUCGAGUUAGCUAAUGUACAACCACAUGAAUUACAUCAACCAGAACAACCCAUUACGCUCAAUAUACCAGGCGUUACUCAGAAGUCUACGUCUACGUACAUGUGCAUGGCUACUAACUCAAAUGGCGAUACUUUCUCAAACCCAGCUCGGAUUAAUGUGAAAGAAAAACCUGAAAUUCCUACAAAUCUAACUAUUGAGGAAAGUACUGCACAUACUAUUCAGUUGUCAUGGCAACUUGGUUUAGAUGGUUAUGCACCCUACCGGUUUUGCAUUGUUCAGGUUGGUGCAGCUAUGGUAACAGACUGCAGCGUAACGUACCUCAAACUUGGUAACAGUAUUUCUGACAGAGAGUCGUUUCCACUGCAUUACAUUUUGAUAAUCGCUGGCACCUCCCUCAUCAUUGUUAUCAUCAUCCUUGUGGUUAUCUGUGUAUGCCUGUGUAGCCGUCGAAAAGUCAAGUUUUCAGACGCAAAUAUCGAAGCCUACAGGGUGAAUUCUCAGCAAAGCAAACAUUAUAGUUUUAUAAAUCCUCUAUCCUGGCGACCAAGAAAGCGAGCCUACACUGUCUACAAGAAAAAUAAAGUGGUCACUGCCAUUUUAAAAACAUUGCAGUUAGAUAAAGAUACAGAAGAGAAGUUGAAGGAUGCAAUAAUUUCACCCAAUUGGUUGUAUCUUGGAAUCAAACUAGGAGAAGGUGAAUUUGGAUUUGUGCGACAAGGAAAACUGACAUAUCCCAACGGCAAUGAAUUAAAAGUUGCUGUUAAAACUAUGAAAAAUGCCCCAGAUAAACAUGAAUUGGAGGCAUUUAUCAAAGAAGGAAUUGUUAUGAAAGAUUUUGAACAUAUCAAUGUCAUGAAUUUAAUAGGUAUUUGUCUUGAAGAAGACCUCACAAGUGAAGCCAUCAAACCCAUGGUGAUACUGCCGUUUAUGGAAAAUGGAGACCUGCGUACCUAUUUACAGAAUUCCAGGUUGUCUGGAACACCACAGUAUUUACCAGUUCAUCGCCUUGUAGAUUUCAUGGUACAGAUUGCAAGGGGUAUGGCAUAUUUAUCAGACAAGGACUAUGUACAUCGAGAUCUAGCCGGCAGGAAUUGCAUGCUUGAUGAUAAUCUGGUUGUUAAAAUAGCAGAUUUUGGUUUGACCAGAAAACUGUUCAACGACAGUAAUUACUAUCGUAUGGGAAACGCAGCCAGGGUACCGGUCAAGUGGUUGGCAUUGGAAAGUCUUGGGGAAAAUAUGUACACUACCCAGAGUGAUGUGUGGUCACUUGGUGUUGUUAUGUGGGAAAUUAUCACUCGUGCACAAACGCCAUAUCGGGGUAUCCACAAUCAUGAUAUCCAUGACUACCUGCAGAGAGGUAGAAGAUUAAAGCAACCAAGGCAGUGUACAGAUGAAUUAUAUACCAUAAUGCUCAGCUGCUGGGUAGUGGAACCAAAAGAGAGACCUACCUUUCAUACCCUUGUGACGCAACUAGAAGAAAUUCACGAACAUGCACUAACAAAGCCUGGGGAUGCAUUUUAUGUGAACACGGAUAAUCAUAGUACAUCAGACAUUCACUUGACGUCGUCAGGUAGUGAGUCAGAAAUGACGGAACCAGAAGAAACUGAUCAACUGCGAGCUGAAAGUCAUUGCUGAAAUGUGGAGAUAACUGCUGAACUUGUGUCUGUGAUUGGAUCUAAUGAAGACUUUUGACAUUUAUAUUCAAGUCUCAUGAUGUAAUAUAUC